AGAAGCACUUGUAAAGUCUAGGAUGAAGUGCGAUGAUCUCGUCGAUAUCAGAUUGCAGCGACCGCUUCAUCUGGUCGUGCAGACACCAGCUGGCGGGUCGGCGCUGUCUGAGGUAUAAAAGCCCUCACCUCGCACUGCAGGUCACCACUUCUCAGGUGCAGGAGGAGCGGCCAACACUUGGACACUCGUGGGGAACAUCGUCAGCCAGGAUGAGGGUCGUCUUACUCUUGUUAGCUGUUCUCAGCGUGGCCACGGGCCUCCAGGGUCCCGUGGAGUAUGAAUAUAAAUACGAGGCUCGUGUCGGGUCCGGACUGCUGGCUGCUCGUCCGCAGUUCGCUGCCACCGGCAUCCGCGCUACGGUCAAACUCACCAUCCGCGAUGACCAGAACACCGCUGACAUCGAGGUGCGAGAUGUGAAAGUGGGCGAGAAGUCCCAGGCGCUGGAUGAAGACGGUCGCCAGCCUGUGGAAAUCGAAUACAAAGACAUCUUGGACAAGGCGCUUGAGCUGCCCUUCACUGCUCACCUCAACAAGAAGGAUGGGGAUGUCGUGCUGGAGGUUCCUGCUAACGACAUCUUGUGGGUAACCAACAUCAGACGCGGCAUCGCUAACUUCUUCAGGAUUGCUCCCAUCAUCGACCCGUCCUCCAUCAGGCCUCCCCCACAGGGCGAGGACGAAGUGGAGCCACAGGGCUUCUCGCGUAUGGAAGACACCUACAAUGGUCGCUGCCAAGUCGGGUAUACCUUGACGAAGGCCGCACCUCAAGAUAUCCCCUCCCCCCCUUCGGAAGACAUCCAAUCCAUGAGGUCUCGUAAAGGUCCUGGUGGGCGACAGAUCCAACUCGAGGACGAGUUCUACCGCGUGCAGAAGUCGCUGGAUUACACCACUUGCAAGGAGAGGGUUUCUCUCCUGCAGGCUGGGUCUUCAAACCUCACCAACAUCACUGACUCGCAGUUCAGAGACGUCAUGGCCAGGAGCCUCGUGGGCCAGUACGUGCUCAAGGGUGCGCCCGGCAAGUUCAGGAUUGAAUCUGGCGUCGUCGAGUCUCAGAUUAUCCUCGAACCUUUCGGUGUCAACUCCGACAAAAUGGUCACCUUCUCCAACCAGACGAUGCAGCUGAUGUCGGCCCGCCCAGUUUCUGGAGGCGUCAAGAAGAGCGGAGACAACACCAAGGAGGUGAAGACCUGGGCACAGCAGGUGCAGAGCCCCAACAACAAGCCUACAGGAUACACCCCUAAAUGGAUCCAAUACAAGAAGGACCAAGAAGUGCAGUCCGAAAGCCCCAUCUUCUACGAGCGUCUGGUCAGCGGCUUCGACAUGACCCGCGAGUUUAAGGAUAACUUGCAGCAACGUGUAAUACAAGCCGUGCAGCGCGCCGCAAAGCAGCUGCAGGUGCAGAACAUGGACAGCAAAAAGGAGCCCAAGGAUUACAUUGGAUCUGAGGACGGUCGCGCCGCCCAGAGUCUGCAUGAGGCGCACAAACUCAUCCGUGCCUUGCCCAAGGAUGACCUCCAGAAGAUCGACCAACAGCUUCAACAGCAGGCGCAACAGUGCCAGUUGUGCCACGACUUGUUCAUUGAAGCGCUUGCAGUCGCUGGCUCCGGCGCCUCUCUCGACAUGAUCGUCGAAAAGAUCCAAAAGAACGAAAUCUCGGACAACAGGACCGCCUCAAUCUUCUUCAGCAUCGCCAACAACGUGCAGUCCCCUGAAGCCAUCGACAAGCUUUUGGAUUUCGCAAUGAGCAUACGCGAGGAGACCAAGACUCUUGUGAGCGUUAUUGUCAAGCCAAACUUGGCCAUCUUGAUCCGCCGGCUGUGCGUCAGCGAAGAGGAGAUGCCAUACUCGCACAUGCGCAAGAUGUUCGGCGAUAAGCAGUGCGACAAAGACACCGUGGUUCAUAAGUACCUGCCCCAUCUUGAGGACAGAAUCAAGACCGCUUCACAGAGUUGGGUGAGGAUUCUGAACGUAUUGGCUGCUGCAGAUCUGGGAGCUCCUGAGAGUUUGCAAAUUCUCGAGAAGGUUGCUAAGGGCGAGAUCACGGAUAACAUCUACGUGCGAUACGCGGCCAUCCACGGCAUGUCCAUCAACACGUUCGAUAACUGCACUCGAGACAAGAUCUUCAACAUCUUGCAACCAAUGGCUGAGUCGCAAGCUGAAGACUUCAGGAUUCGUCAGGUCGCGUUCGACACACUCUUGGCCUGGAGGCCGAAUGUUACAUUCAUCCAGCGCAUGGCUUCCUCGGCGAGAAGAGAGGCGUCCGUUCAGGUCCAGAGUUACAUCUACAACGCCAUCGACAGUCUUGCUGUCAUCGAUGACCCUGACUUCAAAGAUCUGAGCAGUGCCGCCCGCAACAUGCGACAACUGACUCGCCAAAUGUCGCCCUCAUCUCACCGCGCCUUCACUUACAAAGACUCCCGCUACCUGCCCAUGGAACAGGUUGGAGCUGAAGGCGAGGUUGCAUGGCUAAGCGGCCUCCGCGCCUACUUCCCACGCGAGAUCUACACCUACGUGGUCGCUCAGCUUGGCAAAUUCAGAGUCCCGCUUUUCGAGAGCAUGACCUUCGGCAACGUACAGUCGGCUUACUCCUACUCACGCGACAUCCUUGCUUCCAUGCGACGCAUCCCUGCCGUGGCCUCCGCCGAGCGACAAGAGAGGCGCAGCAAGAUCCAUCAGCAGAUCAAGCAAUCUGAUGACAACGAUAGCGUCGACAUCUACCACUACUCCAGAAUCUUCAAGACUUCAGAGCUCUUCUUGCCACUGUCCGACGAGCUGUUCAGCAAGCUCAAAGAAACUGGAGAUGCCAUGAUCCGCCGUCACAGCGUCCAUGCUCCUCGCGAUAUUGCUGAUGAUCGUUAUCAGAUCUACAAGUACUUCAAUCCGGUCGAAAUCAACGUUAUCUUGCCUACACCAGUCGGUCUCUUCACUCAUACCGAGGUGAGCACUCCUACCGUCAUAUACAUAAACCUGAAGUCGACGACAACGCUGUCGCCGCCCGGCAUGCCCGACUCCAGCCAACUGCCCAAGCUGAGGAAAAUUGACGUCGCCGCUGAGGGCAUUGUCAAGGCCGUGACCAAAUCGAACACCUACACAUACGUGUACGCUCCCUGGACCAACAAGACGGCCGUGGCUGGCGUUGACAACGAGAAGUCCUUGUCGCUGCCCAUGAACCUGCGCCUCGCUGCCGACGUCAGGCUGCCCGUGCAGCAGCUCUGGGCGCAGCUCACCCCGCGCUUCAACCAGACUUCCGAGUCGAUCCCAGUACUGAAGGUUCGCAACGUGCCCUUCACGGGCAUCGGCAAGGUCAUGCCCAGUCCUGUUCACGACGGGGACUUUGAAAACUUCGAGAAGGUGCGAUGGGUCUACGACGACACCCAUUUGGUGCGCAAGACGAUGAAGAUCUCCGCUGACGCGACAGGCUUGAACGCUGAAGUUCGCUACGUCGGAGAGCCUGAUCUGCCUAUCAACCAACCCAACAUCAUCAAACUCUUCCUGGAGCCUAGCCGUCUCGUAGGCCUGCUGGCGUCGCCCACCGUCAAGAACUACGCGCUCACGCUCUACCAGAACCCUGGAGACGCUCCCACCAAGAAGAUCGGUCUCGCCCUGCGUCACAUCGUGAACAAGGGCACUGGAUCUGCUCCAUUGACAGUUGAGGAAGAUGCACUCAAACCCAUUGACAUCGCACCCGAGGAUACAAUUGAAGAGCGUCAGCAAAAGUUGGUCCAAUUCAGCAGCUGGAAUAACCACGAGUUCUCAGCUCACGUCAACUUCACUGGUGGAGACACGAAGAUUUACGAAGCAGCUAUCAUUGCCGUCGAACAGGAGCACAGCGUGAAUUCUGAGAAUUCACCACGCGUCUUCUACAAGGUUCAGGCCGCUCUCCUCGAGAAAAACUCCAAGUCACCUCGCAAACCCAAGACGUGCUUGAUGUUCACAACUGACAGACCUCAGCUGAUGCCCGAGGAUGCUCGUCGUUCGCCGAGCCCCGACGACGACACGGUCUACAUGAACUCUGAAGUUGGCCUCAACAUCUACGAGGGAUCUUCUUGCAAGAAAGAUGACCAGCCCCUUGCUAAGGGAAAAGCCACCCUGACUGUCUCGGACAACCGCAUCAAGGUACUGACUGGCAAAAGUGGAAAGGAGGGAGAAUUCGUCUUCAAGAACAGCAGCGAGUUCUACAGAUUGGCGGUCUACGACCAGAUGCGUUUCCAAGUUGACUGGCAGACUCCAUCACCGGCGCUGAAGAAUGUCACCAUGCGAAUCAAGGAUCUAGCCGAAGGUUAUCUUUUCCCUAAGAUCGUCAAAAAUCGCAUGACCACCAACCAGGAUAAGCGAAUGGUCGUCAGGGCUGACAGAUCCAUCUCGGACAACCGUGUUGACGUCUGGAUUGAGCUUCCUAAGGAGACGGAUCACGCUGAGCGUGUUGAAAUCCAACCUUGGUUUGAUCACAUCUCUGGCUUCACUCCAAACAUCUUUUCCGUCUACAACUCGUCGACUACCAAGUUCCUGCAGGCCCAUGAAGGACAGUGCCAUGUUUCUGCGGAGCACGUGACGACCUUCGACGGGGUUUCUUACUCCAAGCUUCCCACAGCCUGUGAAACAACCGCUGUGGAAAUUCAGCGAGGCAAGGACAAGAUUGCCGUCACCACCAGCCGGUAUCCUGAUGCUAAAUCAUCGACGCGUCUCGUCAAGAUAUUGUCAGCUGAUGAUGGACUCGAAAUCAUCGCUCAAGGACAAAAUGUCAAGAUCAACGGCCAACUGAUGCCUCCUUCUGAGAAGACGGAAGAGGUCAAGGACGAGUCCGGAAACGUUAUUGCGAGGGUGUCCAAGACAGGUAGCACCACCAAGAUUAAUCUGCUCGAGAAGAUUUUGGUUAUUCUUCAGGACAACACUGAACUCUUGAUCAAGGUUGAUUCUCGCUACAAGAACGCCACCCAGGGCCUUUGCGGAGGUUUCAAUGGAGAAACUGCACGAGACCUCUUUGAUCGCAAAAGCUGUAUUUACAGGCCUGAUGCUGGAUCAAUGUUCGCCGCUGCCUGGGUCAACAGUGAGGAACAGUGCGAGGAGGAGACCUUGAAGAAUCUCUUCGUGGAAGUUCACGAUAAACAAGCCCAUCAUUGUCAAUCACUAAUGAGUUCUUCGUCUUCUGAGGACUGUAGAGUUACAAAAGGCUAUCCUAUCGUCAACAUCGAAGGAUCCACUUGUGUUAGUGAGACUGAAGAACUCGUGUGCAAGCAGGGCUGCAAGAAACGCAACAAGAGCAAGGAAGAGAACGUUCCGUUCAAGUGCUGGCAUCAUGGCAACGUGCCUAAGGAGGUUUUGGCUAACAAGUUGAAUGGCUACAUGCCUAAUCCAUGCGACAUAAAAGAGGAUUUCAAGAAGUCCACCACUUACAUGGCUCCGCACAACUGCACCAGCCGUAUCUUGACCGCGCAUGGGGUUGGUCUGGACCCUGAAUGUUUCCUGACAGCGUACCCAGUGUCUCAGGAAGGACCCUUGCUGUGCACCACUGAAGAGCCUCAUCGCCUGUGCAAGCCUGAAUGCAGGGUUGUCGACACUAUGCCGCGACAGGCGUCCGGCAAAUGCUGGAACAUAGACGACGCUCCUCAGGAGUUGCAGGACGCCCAGAAGGACGGCUACAUCGAGAAGGCGACGACCGAAGAACCUCUCCUCAAACGCGUCUUGGCUGUCCAGAGCGCACGUCUCUGCAUCAAGUCUAACGAGCGGCAAUAGGAUCUGAAAGCCUUGUGCCUUGCAGUGUCUGACGGCACUCGGCACCAACACUUUGCUUUAGAUAUGACAGCUCAAUACUUCUUCAGGCUAUUAGGUGGGAUUUAGCGUUAAAAAUUAGAGGAUCAGAUAAGGUUAAAACGAUUAGACUUGCUUGGUGUGCUUAUGGCACUCCAGUUAAACAAGCAUGGCGACGUCAAGAUCACUGGAAGGCCUGAUGAGGGAAAGUAUGAAAAGUGUUGAUCACGUUCAAUAUAAAAAUUAAUAAUCCGCUUCAUCCCAAAAUAUAACCACACUAUAGCUUGGAAGUGCCUACGUUUUCAUCAAUAAAAAUUUCAGCGUAA